AUGUCACCGGCACCGCUGCCUACAUGUCCUCCAAACUCAUCAUAUUUAGCUUCACCUGAGUUCAUCUCUACGGGUUGUCAUAUUGUUUCAGUCUUUAUGAUAAUAACCUCAUCCUAUAGUGCAUUUUUGAUUGUCCGAAAAUCGACUCCAACAAUGAAAUCGACUGUUCCAUAUAUGAUCCGAGCACAUUUAUGCACAAUGUUUUGUGAUUUCACAUGGGGAAUCCUUGUAAUUCCUAUGAUGUUUUGGUCGGUUGUUUGUGGAUAUACAUUAGGCAUAUCUAAAUAUUUUAUAAACUCGAAAAAUAUUUUAAUGUAUUUUGGAGUUUGGCUCAUGCUCGCAGUUCUUGCAAUGAUAGCUGCAAUAUUACAUUUAUUUGAGUUUCGCCAUCAAGCAGUGGUCAGUAACAAUAGUAAAUUUGUGAUGCGGCGACCUUGGACUCGUCGGAUCUUCUACUUUUCCUCUUAUACUUUGUUUACCAAUUUUGGAAUCCUAGAAGUAUUAACACUUCCUUCUGAUCAAGAUGCUGCAAAGUUACAAGUACUACAAAAAUAUCCAUGUCUGCCGUCAUACUUUCUGGAUGACCGAGCAUUUUUAAUUCAGAUUGAUGGAAGGACAAUGUUUAAUCCACAUAUGUACAUUACUUGUUUCAUCGUAGCAUGUUUUAUUAUUUUUUACAUGAGUAAUAGUUUCUGGCAUUUACUUCCUAAAAACAAUCCAACAAUGUCUACAUCAACACGGAAAUUGAUUACAAGUUUCUACAUUUCUAUGUGCAUACAGUUUUUGAUUCCUUUGAAUGUUGGAUAUAUUCCUAAUAUUUAUUGGAAUUUUUCUGUGACAAUCGAUUACUAUUCGCAAGAAAUCAACAAUAUAAGUGUUGUUUUAUUGACUUCUCAUUGUACAUUAUCAUCAAUUGUAACUAUAUUCAUAUACACCCCAUACAGAAAGUUCACUUUGGAUUUGAUUUUUAACAAAAUUUUACAAAUUAAUUGGGUCAAAUCAAGUGUCUCCACAGUUGUUGUUAGCGUUGCCAGGUCGAAUACAAAUGUAAUCUCGUGAUAAGUCCUGAUUUUUACACGGUUAAGGGCGGGCUUAAACCGCGUAACUAUAGUCAAACCAUAUGUUUUUUUAAAUUAAUGAUUUGGGUUUUCAUACGUUCAACAUAGUUCAUGCCUAUAAUGUAACCAUUUCCAAAAAUUUCCAUUUUUUCGUCGGCUUAGAUGACUUUAAUUCUGUUACAUCAUAUUUUUUUAAAACCCACCUUAUCAUUUUUCCUGCUCACACCCCUUACCCAGUGAUAAGAAAACGAUGAAAUUACAUUUUCAUUUUGACACCUUUUGAAGUGAAGAUGAUACUU